UCAUGAAAUGUCUCCCUUUCUCCACUGGGUGAAGUCUACUACCACAUGUUUGCUUCAGAACUGCUGAGUCAUGAUGGGCGUAACCAACAGGAAGAGAGAAGAGAGAAGCUGAUUGGAGGAUCAGAGUCUAACUGCUUUCUGAGGAAGUGAAACUCACUCAGUCUUUGUGUCUGAGAGGAGAAAUGGCGCAGAAAGGAGCCGAUCUGGAUCAAGAAACCUUCUGCUGUUCCAUCUGUCUGGAUCUGCUGAAGGAUCCGGUGACUAUUCCCUGUGGACACAGCUACUGCAUGAAGUGUAUUCAAGGAUUCUGGGAUGAAGAGGAGAAAAUCCACAGCUGUCCUCAGUGCAGGAAGACCUUCACACCGAGGCCUGUUCUGGUGAAAAACACCAUGUUAGCAGCUUUAAUGGAGCAGCUGAAGAAGACUGGACUCCAAGCUGCUCCUGCUGAUCACUGCUAUGCUGGACCUGAAGAUGUGUCCUGUGAUGUCUGCUCUGGAAGAAAACUGAAAGCCAUCAAGUCCUGUUUGAUCUGUCCAGCCUCUUACUGUGAGAAACACCUUCAGCCUCAUUUGGAUGCAGUUCCAUUAAAGAAACACAAGCUGGUGGAACCCUCCAAGAACCUGCAGGAGAACAUCUGCUCCAUUCACGAUGAGGUGAUGAAGAUGUUCUGUCGCACUGAUCAGAAGUGUAUCUGUUACCUCUGCCCUGUGGAUGAACAUCGAGGACACGACACAGUCUCAGCUGCAGCAGAAAGGACUGAGAGGCAGAGAGAUCUGGAGGAGAGUCAACAACAAAUCCAGCAGAGAAUCCAGGACAGAGAGAAAGAGGUGAAGCUGCUUCAACAGGAGCUGGAGGCCAUCAAUCACUCUGCUGAUCAAACCGUGAAGGACAGUGAGGAGAUCUUCACUCAGAUGAUCCGUCUCAUCCAGAAGACAAGCUGUGAUGUGAAGCAGCAGAUCAGAUCCCAGCAGCAAACUGAAGUGAGUGGAGUCAAAGAUGUUCAGCAGCAGCUGGAGCAGGAGAUCACUGAGCUGAAGAGGAGAGACGCUGAGCUGAAGCAGCUCUCACUCACAGAGGAUCACAGCCAGUUUCUGCUCAGCUACCCCUCACUGCCACCACUCAGAGAGUCCACACCCUCAUCCAGCAUCAACGUCCGUCCUCUCAGAUACUUUGAGGAUGUGACAGCAGCUGUGUCCCAGCUCAGAGACAAACUGCAGGACAUUCUGAGAGAGGAACGGACACACAUCUCACUGACACUCACUAGUCUGGAUGUUCUACUGUCAGAACCAGAACCAAAGAGCAGAGCGGACUUCUUCAGAUAUUCAUGUCCAAUCACACUGGAUCCAAACACAGCAUACAGAAAACUGUUACUGUCAGAGGAGAACAGAAAGGUGACAUUUAUGAAACAACCUCAGUCUUAUUCUGAUCAUCCAGACAGAUUUACUAAGUAUUAUCAGGUUCUGAGUAGAGAGAGUCUGACUGGACGUUGUUACUGGGAGGUGGAGUGGAGAGGAUCAUGUGUUUAUGUAGCAGUCACAUACAAGAACAUCAGCAGAUCUGGACAUGAAAGUGGAUUUGGUUCUAAUAACAAAUCUUGGGCAUUAGUUUGUUCUCCAAACAGAUUCUCAUUUCACCACAACAGCAUUCAAACCUCCAUCUCAGCUCCUGGUUCCUCCAGAAUAGGAGUGUACCUGGACCACAGAGCAGGUGUUCUGUCCUUCUACAGCGUCUCUGAAAGAAUGACUCUCCUCCACAGAGUCCAGACCACAUUCACUCAGAACCUCCAUGCUGGAGUGAGGUUGUGGUGUGAUGGAGCCACAGCAGAGUUCUGUAAAGUCAAAUAGUUCCUGAAAGAAGUGAAAUGUUUGUUUUAGUGAUUUCUCUGCUUUCCAUCAUUUUGAACUAAACUUUGUUUGUAGUCAGAACUAAAGAGAGAAAUGAAACAUCUCAAGAAUGUGGAUUGGAGACAUUUCUGAAGAUGAAUCUCAAACUUUUUGGAGGAAAAUCUGUUUCCUUGUUGUUUCUUUGAACUUUGGGAUUUGAAUGUUUGAAUUCUAAUGUUUUUGUGUUGUUGUCGUGUGAACUGAAGGAAGCAGCAACACAACUGGAACCAGUGAGUCACAAUCAAAGACUUUCUCUGUGUUUGUUCUACACAGAAACUACAAGAAACUGAAGGAGAAGAUUGUGUUUGUAGAGAGAAGAACAUUUACAACUUUGUUUUCUUCCUUUUUGCUUCAUUGAACAACUUUGGAUUGAAGAUUUGUGUUUUAUUUCUCUGUUCUUCAGAGAAAAGUUGUUUCUGAUCAUUUGACAAUAAAAACAUUCGGAUUCUUUUGUCUUCA